AUGUUGAUACUUGUGGAGAGUGUGAUGCACCACCAUGCACUGGAACCCAACCCGCCUGCUGUGCUGGUGUAUGCAAAGAUCUCAAUAACAAUCCCGGCAACUGUGGUGCAUGUAAUAGAACGUGUACUGGCCAAACACCAGCCUGCUGCUCAGGCUCUUGUUCAGAUCUCGCCAUUGAUCCCUGGCACUGUGGUUCCUGCAAUGCGUUCCCCUGUCUUGGAUUGCAGGCUGGCUGUUGUGCAGGCAAAUGUACUGAUUUUGCGACCUCGACUACUAAUUGCGGCUCCUGUGGCAAUACGUGCCCAGCAAACCAACCAACCUGCUGCUCCGGAACAUGCACCAACCUCCUCACAGACCCCAACCAUUGUGGCGGAUGCUCGGUCCAAUGCCCUGGCACCGCUCCAACCUGCUGUGACGGGGUAUGUACAGAUACUAGCACGGAUCUCGCGCACUGUGGAGGUUGCACGGCGGCCCCUUGCGUGGGCCCCAAAUCAGCGUGUUGCUCUGGUGUCUGUACAGAUCUGGCGACCGAUAUUGACCACUGUGGAUCUUGCUCGGCGAGUUCUUGUACUGGUGUUGACCCAGCUUGCUGCUCGGGGGCAUGUGUAG